CGCAUCAUUUUGUCUCUGAAAACGUGACGAGUUACCUUGGAUACACUCAGGAGGAGCUGAUGCCUUCCAGUGUCUACAGCAUCCUUCAUGUCGGAGACCACAAUGAAUUCGUACGCAAUCUGCUGCCCAAAAGCCUGGUAAACGGUGUGCCGUGGCCACAGGAAUCUGGCCGAAGAAACAGCCACACCUUUAACUGUCGCAUGCUGAAAAGGCCGCCCGACGAGGUGGAUUCGGAGAACCUGGAGGCUCGGCAGCAGUAUGAGAUCAUGCAGUGCUUCACUGUGUCUCAGCCACGGGCCAUACAGGAGGAAGGAGACGACCUGCAGAGCUGCCUGAUCUGUAUUGCCUGCAGGGUGCCUCGAACACAGCCUGUCAGCACUGAGUCUUUCAUCACCAAGCAGGAUCCCACAGGGAAGAUCAUCUCCAUAGAAACUAGUGCUUUGCGAGCGACAGGCCGGCCGGGCUGGGAGGACCUGGUCAGAAAGUGCAUCUACGCUUUCUUUCAGCCGCAGGGCAAAGAGCCCUCCCACGCCAAGAAGCUGCUGCAUGAGGUGAUGACCCACGGCACCGCUGUCAGUCCGCUGUACCAUUUCACGUUAAGUGAUGGCACCCCGCUCAGUGCUCAGACCCGCUGCAAGUUCUGCUGCCCCCCCAACCCUGACGUACAGCCCUUCAUUAUGGGCAUUCACACUAUUGACAGGGAACACAACACUGCUAGCUCUCAGGAAAACACUAACCCCAGCCUUCCACUGACCCAAGGCAGCCUUGCCCAGACUCCCUCCCGCUCCCCUGCCCUCCUCUCCAGCAGUAACUCAACCCCAGGCUCAGGCCUCACCACUUCGGGCCUUCACCCCAACAACAGCAAUGCCUCCUCCCACGGACACAGCCCGGCCACGCCCACAGGCUACCUUACGCCCAAUCGGACGUGUCCCCAGCAGGUCAACAGCCCCUCUCCUUUGAGCAGCCCACUCACAGCCACCCCUACCUCUUUUAUGUCACCCAGGAUGCCGCGGGCCAGUCCUGGGUUGGGGGGGAGCCCUCGGGUCCCGGGGAACCCCUUCUCACCUUCCACGCCAGGCCUCCAUUCUCCGGCCGGGGCUCUGAGCAGCGGGGGCAGCCUCAACAGGCAGCAGUCCGGUGGGGACGGCGGGUCGACGGGGUCCUUCUCCCUGUCGUCUCCUGUCAAUCAGAGACAAGCCAGUACGCCCACUGGCUCCUCCGCUCGGCCCCCAUCAGCGAAACCCUCAGACGGAGCAGACGGAGGAGGAGAGGACUCUGUUAAAGCCCCCCUCCCUUCUGCCUCCCAGCUGGGAAAUCCCCGGCUCAACCAGCUCCUGGACAGCAACGGGACAGGAGCCGAGUCCAACAACAUCCACUGCACCUCAUCACCUCAUCCCAACCCCCCUCCGGCCCCCCAGUGCCCGGCCUCGCACAGUACACUAACGGAGCGGCAUAAGAUCCUCCACCGGCUGCUUCAGGACAGCAGCCCCAACGACGCCUCCACCGCCAACGACGAAGGAACCAACAAAAACGAAGUCGAGAUCAAGAAGGAGCCGCCGGCCAGUCCAGCACUGGCCACGGCUCCUUCCAAGUCCAGCUCCAAGGAGCCGCAGGACCACCAACUACUGCGCUUUCUCCUGGACACAGACGAGAAGGACUUGGGAGACUUGCCUCCUCCAUCUGCCCUCAGUCUACAGACGGUCAGAGUGAAGGUGGAGAAAAGAGCGAGUACCGAGUCCACUUCCUGUACGGGCUCGACCGCCGCCGCAGCAGGAAGUACACCCAAACCUGCAGGAGCGUCCAGCACCACGGCCUGCAUCAGCCCCAAGGCCAGUCCUGUCGGGGAGAACCGCCGAGACAGCCGGAAGGACAGCAGAGACUCCACGAUGUCUGGUGGACCUGUUGACAUGGACCCCCUCACCCAGCUGCUGCCUGGCCUCAGAGGCCCCGCCGGGGCCAAGCAGGGCGGCGAGGAUUCAACAACCCCUGGAGGAGGCCCCCAGCUUCAGUCUCCGGCCCCCCAGCCUCAGGCCCAGCUCCAGUCCCCCAUGCCUCAGCUCCAGUCCCCCCUGUCCCAGCCCCAGUCCCUUCCCCAGUUACAGUCGCCUUCGCCCCAGCUCCACUCCCCUUCCCCCCAGCUCAAACUGCAGUCCCCCACUCAGCUCCAGCCCGGAGAGGUCAGCACUCCCCGCAACGUAAAUGUGAAGAGAGAGCCUCCCGGCACUCCGAACAGAGGGCUCAGCGAUGGCGGCCCCCCCUCUGGUUGCAGCCUCCAGAGUCAGUCGUCUUUCGAUUUCUGCAGUCCCCCCACUCCGAAUCAGACACAGGGACAGGGAGACCCCUUCCAGACCCCCAAAGACAGCAGCCCUUUUCCAGAGGCAGAAGUCAUCAACCCGUUCAGCUCAAGCACUGGUUUAACCAAGAUGGAUGUGGCAGACUCUCAGUUUCAGCCUCUGGCUCUGUCUGACACCCUGCCCUUUGAUGUUCUUGGAAACCCUUUACAAGCUCCCCUGGCAUCACCACAAGAGCAGUGCGUGCCCUGUACACUGGAUGAGGUGCUCGGCCCUCCGACCACACCUGAAGCCCGAAACGACGAGAAGGCUCUGUUAGAGCAGCUGGUCUCCUUCCUCAGUGGGACAGACGAGAGUGAACUGGCUGAGCUGGACAAAGCCCUGGGUAUCGACAAACUAGUACAGGGUGGCUGUUUUGACCCUUUGCCCCAGAAUUUCCCCGCCCAGCAACCCACUGCCACCCCAGUGUCAUUGGACCCUAAACUCCCCACCUACCCGUCUCAGUUCACACCAGCUCCACAGGCUCAGUUUCCUCCGGAGCUGGCCACGGUGGGGCCUCAGGGUCUGGGCUUCGGAGCCCCUCGAGGGGCUUUUCCAGGCGGGACGGCCAACCUGGGUCUGAGGCCGGGGAUGACCAGACCUCAGGGGAUGGGCCCUCAGCUCCGGCUGCCCCCCAACCAGCUCCGACUGCAGCUGCAGCAGAGAGUCCAGGGUCCACAGCAGCUCCAGAACAGGAUGGCAGGAAUGAAUCCAUUUCCCGGAGGAGCCCAACAUGUUAACAUCGGGAUUCGUCAAGGAGUUCAACAGCCUCAAAUGGCUUCACAACAGCCUCCACUGAAUGCCCAGAUGUUGGCCCAACGUCAGAGGGAACUCUACAGCAUCCAGCACCGCCAGCGCCAGCUUUUCCAACAGAAGGUCAUGCUGAUGAGACAGAACAUGGCAGCCGCUCCCGCAGGAGCCGUGGGGUCCAUUGGGACCGCCAGGGUCCCGAAGGGUCCCCCCACCACACCCCAGCAGCAGCAGCAACAGCAGCAGCAGCAGCAACAACAGCAGUUCAACUUCCCACCAGGGUACAGCCCGAUGACGGGAAACCCCCCUACCUCACCGAGUCACUUCAGCCCCAUGUCGACGGGCCCUCUGGACAACAAACUGUCCGCACGAGUUCCCCUGAACAACCAGACGCUGAUGGGUGGCGUGCAAGGCCAGUUCAACAGCAACGUGAACGCCUCGCUGCAGCAGGGCCUGUUCCAGCAGUUUGGAGGGUCUGCUAUAGUCCAGCAAGACCCAUCGUUCCCUCCUGAGAUGAGCCCCACCAGCCCCUUAUUGUCACCUCAAAACUCCACCUCCCAGAGUCCUCUGCUUCAGCAAGUCCCACCUCCUGGCUACCAGUCACCAGACAUGAAGAGCUGGCAACAGACGGGCAUGGGCAGCAACAGCCUGUUCAGUCAGUCAGGCCAGAGUGCAGGGCAGGCUUUUGGCCAGCAGGGGGUUUACAACAACAUGAGCAUCACCGUCUCCAUGGCCGGAGGUUCGGGGGGCGUCGCCUCCAUACCCCCCAUAGGGCAGCCCGUCGGCAUGAGCAACAGUAACCUCAGCAAUGUCGGUUCAGUGUGCAGUGACCAGCAGGUGCAGCAGGUUCAGGUGUUUGCGGACGUCCAGUGUACAGUAAACCUGGUGGGCAGUGACUCCUACCUGAACCAGGGCUCCAUCGGAGGCGGGACGUCCCAGAAGGGCCCCGGACCCCAGGGCCCCCAGAACAACCAGGCCCAGCAGAAGAGCCUCCUCCAGCAGCUGCUCACCGAGUGACCCCUCCCCCCCCUCCCACCCCCGCCCCUUCUGCUCUCCUACGCCCUCUACUUGUCACUUCUACGCCUCCUCCUCCUCCUCGGAGGUCGGUGCACCGGACCCAUUGCUGUCUCUGUCUCACCUUUUCGGAUCGAUGGAUGGAUGUUUUCGACGAAUGGGCUCAGAGGGGGGUGUGGCUGUGGGAGGAGCCUCGCAGCCCAACCACUUCUGCGCUGGGGGAGGGGAGGGGAGGGGGGGGCGCUCGGGGCUGGUUUUUACCGCCCAGUACUUUCAGAAAAGACUCAACAAGUCAGAAGGAGCAGCAGUGUAUUUAAACCUGCCUGUCUAAUCUGUCUGACAACCUGUCUGUCUGCCUCAGCCUAUUAAAGGCAGUGUUGUCUUGCUGCUCAUUCCUCGGUGACCUACUUCCUGCUUCCUGACCCAAGAAAACAACUGCGACGUCAUUGUAGAUUUGCCAAGUUGUCGUCACUGUCAAAUCAGGGCCGGCCUCUUCUUCUUCUUCUUCUUCUUCUUCUUCUUCUUCUUCUUCUUCUUGUUCUUUUUUUGUUGUUUUUUAUUUUGUUGUUUUUUUGUUCAGACGGUUUCUGUCGCAGCAGCAGCAGCAGUGCAUCUUGGGAGCAUGAGUUGCAGCAUUACAGCUGAGCUCAGCGUUAAAGUGUGGGGAGUAUCCCUCACUUAAACAGCAGCACCUCUGGCUUUUUUUUUUUUUUUUUUUUUUUUAAAUUUGUCGGUUUGUUUCGUUUUUUUCUCUGCCUGUCUCUCAGCGAUGUGGGAAUGUUAAAGGUUUCAGACCUCUGUGGCAUUUGUGGGAUAUAGAAGCUCAGUAUCAGCUGGUUCUGUGACUGUCUCUCUAUCAGCUACAGUGCCUGGUGGAAGUUUGAGUUUUUCCCGAGCUCUGCUUCUUCUUCUUCUACAUAUUAUUCUAUUCUGUUUUUAUUUUUUAUUUUUGGUUGGAUUGUUUUGUUUUUUUGUUGUUGUUGUUUUAAAAGAAAAAAAAAAUUCUUCUGCUCUCACCGUCAUCAUCAUCAUCUUCAUCAUCAUGAUCACCAACCAGAACAAGCUUUUGACAACAGCCAGAAUGGACAGAUGGAUGUAAGGAUGGAUGGAUGGGAGACAGACGGGAUGCUGCUCAAUUUGGAACUUACGUGUCUUUCUCCCCUGGGAGGAGGUUUUAUUAUUAUUGGUUUUUUUUUCAAAGUAUAAGAAAAGAGACUGUUAUGAUUAUUUAACUGUCUGUCCGUCACAUUUUACCCCUCACCUCAGCAGCUGUGAAUACAGAGCCCGCUCUCGGGUUCUCUCUCUCUCUCUCUCUCUCUUUUUCUCUGUGUAUCUUUCAUGCUAUCUCUCAGCCUAUCAGUGUUGUUUGCCAUGUGCACCAUGCAGGCGGGUAGUAUUGUACAGUACAGAAGAACAAAGACUUGGGGAUGAGCUCACUCUUCUCUCGUAAACUGCUUCUUUCCUUUGGGGGAAUUAAAAAAAAAAAGUGUAAGUAAUUGAUGACGACUCAGAACAGCAAAACUAUGUAUAAAGUGAUUCGAUCCAGGUUUAUUUUUUAGUUUCCUUUUUAAAAGAAAUUCUAAUAAUAACAUCAGCUCAUGGCUUUUUUGAGAUUAUAUAUAUAUAUAUUUUUUUUUUGUUUUGUUUUUGUUUUUGGCAUCAUGAUAUUGUAAAAGCGCUAAAUGUUGCAGUGGAGGAGGAAGUUAUUCCAUCUUCUAAAAUGUGAAAAGAAAUCCUAAAGCGAUUGAUUAUAACCUGAUUCAGCCACACUUUUUUUUUUUUCCUGGAAAAAAAAAACAAAAACAAAAAUUUGUCGGAUUUGCUUUGUUUUCUCUCGUGGUGACCAGGGAGCUAGUUAGCCAUCUUUAUUUGCUUUCUCCUCUUUUUUUUAUUCUUAUGUAUGUACAAUGCUUUCGAGAAUACUUUUCAGACAGUACAUGUGUUUGUAACCAUUGUAUAAAAACAAAAAACAAAACGGUAAUACUUUAAAACCACGUUCUUUGCCGGGGGUUUUGGUAACCGACUCGGCAAACGACGCGCUUUUUUUUUGGCUAUCGUUCCUUUAUAAAUGACAUUUAAGUAGAGGCUUUAGUAAUAGAAGUUCUUAACAAAGAUGUGAUGGAUGAUUAAUUUUAAAGCUGUCAUGAAAUUGAAUCGAAACAGGACGGGUUGAAUCACAAAAAAAAAAAAAACACAGGAAAACGCGAGAAAAAAAAUUGUCCUU